AUGGUUAGGAAAGAACAAUUAAAACUUCGGUACCUUUCUGAUAAUAGUAAUCCAGUAGCGAUGAUCAUCUCCAUUUGCAGCAUUCCUUUGCCCCCAUGGGAGCUUGAAGAGAACAGCAAAAAUCCCGACCUUGUCUACACAGAUAGUUCAGGUUGUUGCAACCCAGAAUAUAUAUCACUGGGCUGCAACUCAUUGUCUGUUCUCAGAGGAAGAACACCAAUUCAGGCCUAUUCCGACUAUAUGAAGAUUUUCAGAGAAAGGUUCAAGGAUUAUAUGGAAAAGGUUAUAGUGGAGAUACAAGUGGGGAUGGGACCUUGUGGAGAGUUACGAUAUCCAUCCUAUCCGGAAAGCAACGGAACCUGGAGGCUUUCACGAAUUGGUGAAUUCCAGUGUUACGACAAGGUGUUGAAAACCUAUAGCAUUUCUAUGUAUAACACCGAAUUAACAGCAGGGUAUUACAAUACUAGGCACCAUGAUGGUUACCUACCAAUAGCUCAAAUGUUGGGUAAACACGGAGUUGUAUUCAAAUUUACAUGCAUGGAAAUGAGAGAUGGAGAACAACCAGAGCAUGAAAAGUGCUCGCCAGAAGGUCUAGUUCAGCAAGUUGAGAUGGCAACAAGAACUGCUGGAACAGAACUUGCCAGAGAAAAUUCACUGGAGAGGUAUGAUUCAGGAGCAUACUCACAAGUUUUGGUGACUAAGAGAUCGGAUUCUGGAAAUGGACAUUUACAUAUUUAA